AGAAAACUGGGACGAAUCAUUAGAUACAGGAUAGCCAGGCAUGAUUCCGGAAGUAGCAAGUGGACGGCUCGUUGAGGACGUUACUUCUGCUUGGUAAUCAUCUCCAACUCUCGUUAAUUGGGUCCAGAUCUGUAUCACGUUCAGCCCAGCACCAACACUUAAAACGACGCCGUUUUAGGAGCUGGAAACCAUAAGCCAGCAAUGAUCAAACGGCGCCGUUUUGAUGAAUGAAAAAAACAGAAAGAGGCGUCUACGUCUCUGAAGAAGAAACGAGGACUGAAAGGGAGAGGAGAAGCCUCAAGAGGAAGAGGCGGGCGAAAAUUUGGGGCGGCCGCCUACAAGAGGGGAGAUCUGGAGGAAAAAGGAGGAGACAGAGAGAGACAGGAGCUAGAAAGAGAAAGCAGAAAUCAGAUCUGCAUACCCUGGAGCGCGAGCAGAAGGAGAGAACGGGGAGCUUGGCGGAUAUUUAGAAACGAACUGGUGGAGCGAGUGGUAGCGAAGCAGAAGCUGAGAGUGACCCAAAGCGAUCUGGUGGAAGGCAGACUGGAGCAAACCGAUUGACGAUGGGGAAGCUGAAGCUGAAGUAGAAGCAAUCGCAGAGAGCUUAGAGGGAGAAACUGGGAAAAAUAUUCAAGUCAGGUUCCUUUAACAUUUAGGACUCCUCAUGUCAGUCCUCCUCGACCAAGUUACUUAACCGGAAGGAGGAGAGUUUGUUCUUUAUAGUUCAGGUCUCACCUGAUGAAUUCUCCAGAUUCAGGAUUAGCUGAUCCACUUUUAGGCUCAGGGGGCUCUGUGGCUUCAGGAUGCAGUUUGCUUCCACAAUCAACUAUUUACAAUUGGAGUUGUGGCCACUUUUCUAAGCCACUUCUCACUGCAGCAGAUGACAGUGAAGAAAUAAUAGCCAGAAGAGAAAAAAAGAAAAAAUUGGCCCUGGAGCACAUUACAAGAUGCCAGCACUCUUCUGUUAACAGGCUUAAUGAUAAUAAUCAAAUUGCUAGCUGGGAUACAAAAUUUGAAACUGGUACCAAAACAGCUUUGCUUCAACCCUUUUCAUCUGUUGUAGUUGCUGCUGAUGAAAACGAGCAAAUUAGGGUAUGGAAUUAUGAGGAGGCUACCCUUCUCAAUGAUUUGAGAAUCAUGAUUUUCCUGACAAAGGAAUUUCUAAGCUCUGCCUUGUCAACGAGCUUGAUGACAGCUUGCUACUUGUAGCUUCAAGUGACGGAAAUAUUCGUAUUUGGAAAGAUUACACUCUGAAGGGUGAACAAAAGGUUGUUUCUGCAUUUUCUUCUACUCGAGGUCAUAAACCUGGUGUGAGAAGCGUGAAUGCUGUGGUGGACUGGCAGCAGUUUUCUGGAUAUCUGUACGCUUCUGGAGAGGUAUCAACUAUAAUGGUCUGGGACCUGGAGAAAGCGCAACUUGUUAGUUCAUUUCCAUCAUCAUCAGAUUGCAGCAUUACAGCAUUGUCUGCUUCUCAAGUCCAUAGAGGUGCACUUGCUGCUGGAUUUGCUGAUGGUUCUGUUAGGCUUUAUGAUGUUCGAAAGCCUGAAAUGCUUACUUGCUCGACUCAUCCUCAUACUCAGAAUGUAAAAAGAGUUAUGGGGAUUGGCUUUCAACCUGGACUUGAUCCUGGAAAGAUUGUUAGUGCUUCUCAAGCUGGUGACAUUCGGUUCCUUGAUAUCAGAAAUCUGAAGGAUGCUUACCUGACAAUAGAUGCUCACAGGGGCUCACUUACAGCUUUAGCUAUUCAUAGGCAUGCCCCAAUCAUUGCUAGUGGUUCAGCUAAGCAGUUGAUUAAGGUCUUCAGUCUGGGGGGUGAACAACUAGGAACUAUUCGUUACUACCGUAGCUUCUUUGCCCAGAAGAUUGGUACUAUGAGCUGUCUCACAUUCCAUCCCUACCAAAUACUACUUGCUGCUGGUGGUGCAGAUGCUUUUGUCUCCAUAUAUGCUGAUGACAAUGCUCAAGUGAGAUGAAUUUGUAGUAUUUUCUUGUAUCUUCUCGUUGAAUCUUUCAAGCAGCAGGAGUACACAUAUAAUAUGAUUGUGGGAGAAGGGAUUUGGAUCAUUGAAUGGGAAACAUUCUGCUGCGCCAACCCUGUGCUCUCCGUCUUUCUGGAUAGAGUGGCUGGUACAUCAGCCGAAAAUGUAUGGUAUAUAUUCAUUAGCCUUCCAGUGCUGAGGACCCACAGAUGGAAAGCGUGUAAAUUUGUUAUAUAGGUAAAUGCGUGCAAAUAGUUGUUUAGUCUUUUGGUUUUCUCA